AUGAACUUCUUCAAUAUCAACGCCGACUUGAAGAAAAAGAUAUUACACACAUAUAACCUGACGACGUACUGUGUUUCUGCGUUCUGUCUUAACUUCUCCGUCUAUUUCUUUUGGUUGAUUAUCCCCAUUAUGAUGCGUGAUUUGGGGGCUUCUCCUAUGGAAAUUGGGUUAGUUGCUGCUGUUGCUUUUACAGCACAAGGAUUUAUGGCUCCUGUAUGUGGGCGGCUAGCUGAUAAAUUACCACCUGAAACUAUGGCGCGCUUUGGCGCUUGUUUACAUUGUUUAACGAGUCUAAUUAUAGCUAUGGUCUAUAUAACAGAGACUAAGACUAUACCAAUCUACUUCAUUUGUUUGAUUCAAAGUCUUGGUCUAGCUAUGUACUGGUCACCAACAGAAGCAUUAGUAGGCAAUGAAAGUUAUGCGGGCGGGGAGAGUAAAAACAUCUCAAUGUUUUCUAUGUCUUUUGCUUGUGGCAAAGCUGUUGGAUUUUUAAGUGCUGGCACUUUAUAUGGACUUAUUGGACAGACUUACAGUUUAUAUUUGGCAUGCGCUGAAGCUUUUUUGUUGUUUUUCAUUAUCACUCGAUUCCCACAAAACAAUCACUUGAAGGAGGAGACGGUGCCUGAAAUUAACAUUGAGUUGGAGGCUCUUCCACAAAUCGAGAAGAAGGAAAGGGAGUAUACAACUGAAAUACAGAUGACGGGUGAUCCUAAGACUCCAGUUGUAGUCACUGAACAGCAAGAUGGCGUAGUCUUGAGUGAAUCACAAACACCACGAAUCUCUGAAGAAAAGGGCGAAGCACACAUUGAUUUGAGUGUUAUCAAACACACACAAGUCAUUUCGAAAAGACCCAUCCAUUACUUCUGGUAUUACAUCAACUCAAUUGUUUUCCAUUGCUUUGUCACUGCCAUUGUUGGAGUUAUUUCCAAUCAAUAUAUUAAUUAUGCUAAACGAACCAAUGUGACUCUUCCAGGUAUUAUAGAAGACUCUGAUGUGCUUGUCGGUAUCUUACUGUUUAUUGUGAAUAUUUCGCAGUUGUUUGCAUACCUUAUAUUAGGGAGAAUAACAAUUUGGCAAUACAAAUUGACACUCAAUUUGAUUUCUCUUGCAAUCAUUCUGGGGUGUGUUAUGGUAUUUUAUUUUGUAAAGAAUGGGUAUGUGUUGGCUAUCGCAUCUGCAGUCAUUGGAUUACUCUCUGGAUAUGAUUUCCAGUUGAACAUGUUUUACUCGUUGAAUGCAUCUGAGUCCGAGAAAGGGAAGUACAUGGGGAUAUCUGAGUGUUCUUCCUGUUUGUCGUACAGUUUAGCUCCACUUCUCGCUGGUUUAUUAUCAACUUAUAUAACACUUGAGUGGUGUAUGUACACAAGUUUCAUAUACUGUAUUCUUGGAUUAAUUGGGUGUGCAGCUAUUCAGGGUUAUGUCUAUUACAUUGAGAGAAAGGAUAGACUUCAGUUACAAAAGGAGCUGAAGAUUCCUGCCGACUCGAUGAAAUAA